CUCAAUUGUUAUUGAACAGCAACAUGGUGGUAGCUCUGUUGGAGGGGGAGGGGCUAGACGGUUUAGACAAUGCCUCCAACACGCCCCUUCACCUGGCCGCUCGCAACGGACACAAAGACAUCAUCAGGGUGCUACUGAAGGCUGGUAUAGACAUCAACAGAACGACUCAGGCUGGCACCUGUCUGCACGAGGCUGCCCUCUACGGCAAGACUGAAGUAGUGUGUCUGCUGCUGGACGCCGGUAUUGAUGUGAAUCUGCGUGACACCUACAACCAGACAGCCCUGGACAACGUCAACCAGUUCACCACCUCAUCAGCCAGCAAGGACAUCAAGAUAAUACUACGAGAAGCGUUAGGGUCUCUCCAGGUGAGAGCUGUGAAGGACUACUGGAACCUUCAUGACCCUACAGCCCUCAACCUCCGUGCUGGAGACCUCAUCAUGGUGAUGGAGCAGCACACGGACGGGAGGUGGAAAGGUCAUAUCCAUGACAACCAGAGAGGAACGGACCGGGUCGGAUACUUCCCUCCGUCUGUAGUGGAGGUUAUCAGCCAGAGAACAGGGGGUUCUGUCUCAUGUCAGGUCUCGUUACCAAGCCAACGGCAGCAGCACUUCCUGUCAAGAGCUCCUCCCACCAGUAUUGGCUCCGCCCCCCAGAUUGAGGACUCCUACGCCUUGUACUAUGACCACGCAGGAGACAGGAACAGUGUUGGCAGUGCAAGCAGCAGUGCAGGCAGCAGUGCAGGUAGUGUGGGCAGCAGUCGUAGUACUGGCAGCGGGCAGAGCUCAGAGAACGGCUUUGGACCGACGCACAAGCUGGCACCCUCUGUUGGUGAGUCCAGAGAACAGCAGUUUCCCCCUGCAGGACCAGACCCCAGCAAACAACCUGAUGGACAUACAGGUGGUCAGAGUCGUCAAGUCAGUGGUGGUACUCGUUUGGGGGAGCAGAGUGGCUUCAUGUGUUCAGACAUGGUCCUGGUGGGCAGCGACUCUGAGGCCAUCUACCAAUGGCUGUGUGAGUUCCAGCUGGAGAGCUACACUGCUAACUUCCUCACAGCAGGAUACGAUGUACUUACUGUCAGUAGGAUGACCCCAGAGGACCUGACUGCCAUCGGUGUGACCAAACCAGGCCACCGAAAGAAGAUCUCCAUGGAGAUAGGCAACCUGAACGUCCCAGAGUGGCUGCCUGACUACGUCCCUUCUGAGCUGUCAGAGUGGUUGAGUGCGAUCGGUCUCCCUCAGUACCAGAAGAGACUGUGUGAGAAUGGUUAUGACACCAUCAGCAUCGUCAAAGAUAUCACCUGGGAGGACUUAUCAGAGAUAGGAAUCACCAAGCUGGGUCAUCAGAAGAAGCUGAUGUUAGCCGUGAAGCGUUUAUGUGACCUGCAUCGUUCUCGUCACCAUGCCAACGGCUCCGACACGCUCCGGCAUAAACCUACCACAGUGGCUAUUGAGCCCCCCGAGAUCCCCUACGACUGCUGCCCCUUUCCCCUCACACCCCAGGACACCCUUCCCCUCAUUCCAUGA